AUGUCCUCCCUCUCCUCUCUCGCCAGCGGAUGUGUUGAGCGCACCGGGACAUCUUCAUCAGAGUCUUCCCCGUGCAGCCAUCCAUCAGCGGAGUCAGAACCAAGGUGCUGCUUUGAGCUUCUAGUACAACAGAGAAUCCAGAAACCAGCAGAGUAUAACCUGGAAACAAUGGAGCAUCUUCCACAGACAACAGGCAAAGGAGUCUUGAUGUUUGCUAAGAGACGUCAAAGGAUGGAUGAUCUUUCCACAGAACUAGAGGAAAUGAGACAAAAAGGCAAAGCAGUGGAUGCAGUUGUGAAAUAUGAAGCAGAAAUUGCAAAGCCUUCUCCACAAGAAGAACGUACACAAAUCCCACCAGAUGUCCAUUUUACCCAACAACAGCAGUAUCGAGAGCAACAAAUUUUGCCACAGCCAGCAAACGGUUUGAAUGAUCCAGAUCUAUACCAAGGUUUGAAUGUUUCCAGAUCCCUUGUUCCAAACAGAACCGCCAAGCCUUUCCUGGGUGGACAUAAUCAAGGCCAAAAGCAUUUUUCAGCAGUCAGAAGUGUCUCCAGUCCAACAACUAGGAAACCUGAAAACAUAUUCAAAGUGCCUGUUCCAGUAAACACAACCCCACAGCUUUGGUCACCCACAGCGGACAUAAUUGCUUCACGUGAUGAACGUAUUGCAAUACCUGCAAUCAGGACAGGGAUCCUGCCAGAAUCCAAAAGGAGAGGAGUAAGUAAGUCAGAUUUGAAAGGAAAGCAGCAGUCUCAAACAAAAAGUCAAUUAAUAGAGUCUGUUCCAGAAGAAGAUUUUCUCAGUCUGGGUGCUGAAGCAUGCAAUUUCAUGCAAGCUCCAAAAAUCAAGCAAAGAAACCCUCCACCUGUCCUGCCCAAACCUGUUAUAAACGCCGCUCAUCCACCCUGGUCCGCAGAAGGUCGUGGCUCUCGCGGUGCCCUUUCAGCAUCAAACUUAGGACCAGCUUUUAUGGAUACCCAUGUAAAGAGAAACCCGCCACAGCCCAUGAGAAAAAGUUGGACCUCAUUGCCAUCUCAGCCAGUUGCCACAUCAAAACACACUUUGCAUUCAACCCAAACACCAGCUGUGUUUCAAGCAGCCAAGACUACACCAGUCGCCCUCCAUGCUGGUCCUUCUCAGUCUAAAAUGUCAUGGACUAAGUCACAAAAUGAUGCCAACUCUGUUUCUUCCUGCCCACCACAGUACAAGAGCACAUACUAUAAUGUACCUAAGGCUCCAUCAGCAUUUCCUAAACGGUAUUCUGAUGCAAGUGCUUCUGAAGGGCUGAACCUCAAAGGAAAAGGAGCUGAACUGUUCGCUCGAAGGCAGACCCGAAUGGAAAAAUUUGUGGUGGAUGAUGAGACCGUGCAAGCUAACAAGGCCAGAUCUCCUUCGCCGCCACAUUCUAUGCCAAGCUUGUGGAAAUACUCAUCCAAUGUUCGUGCCCCUCCUCCAGCAUCCUACAAUCCGAUUUUGUCCCCUUUAUAUCCCCUUGCAGCAGUUAAACAGCCCCCAUCUGCAAUUAGUCAAAAAACACAGCCUAAAACAAACAAGGAGAAAGCCAAACCACCAGCCAAGCAUCUUAAUACUCUGGAUGUCAUGAAACAUCAGCCCUACCAGCUUGAUUCCUCGCUCUUCAGCUACAACUCCAGUGCAGAGGACACGGAAACUAGUUCCAGGUUGUGUUCUGUUUCCCCUAGAGGCGUUAAGCAAAAUUUUGCCCAAGCCCCCGCUAUUUUACAUGCCCAGUCUCCCUCUUUUGAUCCAUCUGCAAUGCUCUUAUCCUCCCCAAACAGUAUUACUAAAGGUUUAAAGCCAGUUAAGCAAACUCCAUCCAAAGCAAGUGUAAAGGAAUUUAACAGGAGCAGUUUGUUUUUUCCCCAAAGACAGUCCUCUUUGCCUCCCUCUUCACCUACGUCGACUCCAAGCGUCAAUCCCAUGCGAAAAUCACUGACCAGGCAAUUUUCAUGGGUGGAACAACCCAAACAACCACUCUCUUCCUGGGAAGAAGUUGUUCAAAGCCCCUUUGGCCUGGAUAGGGUCAAACUUACAGGUACAACUCAUAGAAAAUCACUACCAGCAACAGUAGCAGAAUGUAACCAAGGAGCGUGCUUUGGGACUUUUAGUGGUUCACAAGAGAAGAUGGCCAUAAAAUCUGGUAAAUCCACAACCCACAGCUUUUCUGGAGUCCCCCAAAAUCCUGUCUUAUAUGGGCUCCCUUUUCAUCCCGAAAAGCAUCUGGGGCCUAGCAACAGGUACAAUAAGAGUAAUUCUAUGCCCAGGAAUUUUACACUUCGAUGUGAUGCACAAUCACAUAGAGUUAGUCAAAAACUGUGAUACGUUAUGGAUAUACACAGUAGUUAUCAAUAUAUAACUGUGAUAAGUUAUCGAUACAUAAAGCAUUUUUUUAGAAACACGGCCUGUUUAGGUUUUUUUUUUGAGCUUUCAAUAUUUUCUUGUUAAGUACUCAUAGAAGAGAAAUGUUUUCAAUGUUUAUGAAUGUUGUGAUAGAUGCGGCUAGAGAAAGAGUUUGGACGAUCACUCCACUAGUAAAGAAAAGAGAAGGUGAAUAAUGAAAGGUAUGGUAUAAUAUGCAGAUAUAAUAUAAAUGGAUUAUAUAUAGCUUAAAUAGUUUUUGAUUUAAGCAGAACAUUAUUACCUGGAUUGAGGAUAUUUAGAUCACUUAAUAAAAUAUAAGAGUUAUGGUUAAAUCUCUGUUAAUUAUAAAUAUGUUAAUAAUGCAAUUAAAAUGUUUAAAUCCAUGGCUGGUUCUAGAUAUUUGGAGGCCUAGGCAAAAUUUAUAUCAUAGGUCACUCGCACCCCUCUUAUUUUUUUUUAGAAUAAUAUGAGAAAGUGUCAAAGUGUUUUUCCUACCCUGUAAGAAAUCAUUUAAGCACUACGUUAUCAAACUGUUGUUUUUUCUCUGUUACUUUUCUUUUUUAUCAAGUUAACAAAUCGAUAAAAUUUAUGCUAAAAAGAAAAUUAUGCAAAACCACGUUUUAACAAACAUGCCUUACUAAAAAAUUACUUUUAGUGCAUUUUGAGGCAAAACAAAAAUAUUGAUUUAUUUUAAGAUAUGUCAGUGCAAGUUGUUUUCAGUUUUGACAACUCUUAUAUUUAUUUUAUAUUAUUGUUCUCAUGGUACUUUGAUGUCAUCCACCCGCGGUUCUUGCGGUGCAGCAUAAAGUCGAACUCACUUUAAAACUUUGUCUAUUGCCAUCAGUAGUGAUGGCAGUGGUGGACUAGCGCACAUGGAUUUAGCGGUUAUGGAGGCCUUCCUCCAAGUCUGACACCCUAGGCAUUUGCCUACUGUGCCUAUAGGUAGCGCCGGCCCUGUUUAAAUCACAUUUGGAAGUCUGAUAUCUAAAUAACAGAUUUAUUUUUUUGUUUUCACUCUGUGGUCAUGUAUAUCCCUGAGUGCAUAUUUUAGUGUGCAUUCAACAUUUAUAAAGAUGUUGAAUACUUAACUCUUUCCCCGCCAUUGACAAGUAAUCUCGUCAAUUAAGAGAAAGCAUUUGCAUGAAAAAAUGUGUUCCUGAUGAGUUUUUAUGGUUAUCUGUAAUGCCGCGAUUAUCCACUAGAUGGUCCACUUAGCCAAUUUAUAAAAAACGGAAGCAAAAAAUUAUUUAUUAAUUUUACACACGAUUUGAUAAUCGCUUUGAAUCUGAUCUCCAACAAAAUUCCUUCACAAAAAUGCAAUUAUUUCAGCUUUUUGCUGGAAAAAAACAUAGAUAGGAUAACACAUUUUUUCCUAUUUUGUCUGUUUGUUUAUUGUUUGCUUGAAAGCAGAGGGUCUGUUUUUUCAGAAAAUUUUCCUGGAAGGCAUUUUGUGAAACUUUUGUGAAAAUUACGAAAAAUGCUGGCGGGCAACUUUUCAAAAAAGGGCUGGCGGGGAAAGUGUUCUGGUUAAUUUUGUGUUAUACUGAUAAUUAUUAUUAUUAUUAUUUUUAAAUGUGCUGUAAUGUGUUUAUGGGAUAUGAAGGAAAGCUACAAAAUAUGAUUUUUUUGCACUUGAUAAUUUAUAGUGAAAUUUAAAUGGACACAGGCUGAAGGCAUGAAGGGCACUCUUAAACAUUUUGUGGUUUGCUCACAGACCGGCUGUUUCUCAAUAUGCGUUCUUCAGCGAUCUUGCGUCCUCGUGUCCUCGCUCUACGUCAUCAUUAACGGUCGAAGUUCAUUCCAAUUCUCAAGAACGCAAGGACAGAGGACGCAUGAAAAUACCCGGAUGUGUUCUUGAUAUCGAGGAUGCAUCGAGUGCAGACUUGCUGAAAUCGCUUUACGCCCCAGAAGUCAUUGCGGCAAAACUUCCGAGUUCGUUCUUCCAAGGUCGCCUGGCAAGACCGAUCUCCACGAGGACGCAAGUCCGUUCUUUGCGUUCUUGGAAUUGAGAAACAGCCACCAACAUAUUUGCUAAAUUAUAUAAUUAAAUAUAAUGCUUUUUAAUGAUUUGUAUUUGUAUUUUUUUAUUUGGUAUGAUUUGUAAAUGUGUACAUUUCCAUUAAAGACCUAACAUUAACCUUUUCUAUCUGUUUAAUUUGAAUAGAAAAGCAUACAUUAACCAAAAUUGCACAAUGUUUAUUGUCUUUUGUAAAUGUACAUUUUUCUUUUUAAUUUCUGUGUUGAGCUCAAAUGAUAUUUUUGUUCCUAGUUGCUAAUUCUAUAAAAAGAUCUCUGCUGUGUAACAACACUUAUAUGACCACUUAUGAUUAUGAACACUAUCAUU